GCGUUAAACGUAUUCGGUUGUGCUCGUUCGUGGUAAAAGUGAUAAAAUAGAAAAGUGCUUUGCCGUGUGUAUGUGUAAUGUGAAAAAAAUAGAAAAUUUUGUGAAGUGAAAAUUUACAAAAUAUUAUAAGUGACAAGAUUAAACAAUUAAACGCCUUAAAAUAUUGCUGAUGGCGGUAUAUGUAAAGUCAAUGGAUGUGUAAAAACAAACCGAAAAGAGUAAAUUAAGAAAAAUUAAGGCGGAUUAAAGAAUUUUAAUCGGAGCGAAGGAGCGCAACGCACGCAACCACACGUACACAAGUGAACACGUACACAAACAAACGAACGCAUAUAAAGAUGGAAGUAAAAAAUUUUCACAAUCUUUCUACUUGAUUUAUUGACCAAGAAGAAACAGAAAAGAACAGAUAUAUAAAAAAUGUAGGAGCGGAAAAGACGAUAAUUGAAGUGAAUAAAGAGAUAAUAAAUGUAUUUUUGUCGUUGGAAUACAAUCGAAAAUAAAAAUUAAAAUAAAAACAAAAAUAUAUAAAUAAAAUAAUAGAAGGCAGUGGUGCAACAAUAACUUGCACGAAGUUAUGGUGGAGGUGUCACAAAUACAUAAUUUGUUUGUUAAGAUUUUUCUAAUGAGCAACGUAAUGCCUUGACCAUUUUCAUUUAUGGAUGCUAUUUUACGAAAGCAGCUAACAUUUAAUAAGCAACCGAAGCAAUAAUUGUAGCAAGCGUUUGAUAAAUACGAAAAAUAAAACAAACAGAUAAACUCUUUGCAAAGGAAGGAAACUCAAGGAAUUGUUAAUUAAUUGUUAAAAAAAGCGUGAAAGUACAUAUAAAUGGUUUCUACUUUUAUCGGGCUAUUGGACAUUCAAUCAUGGUGGGAGAUACCGUGUAUAUCUCAUUUUUGUUCAUUGUUUAGUUCGGCCUUUGACCUACCCGACAUCGAUAUCGAGGAUCUUGAGUCGGCGCUCCUAUCGGAUGGUACUGAUGAAGAUCAAAUCGCACUUUUACCGGAGUUAAUUGUUCGCCUACUAAAGGGUUGCGAUGCACUCAAAUCGGUAGCAAAAGAAAUAACGCACAGCAAUUAUCAAAUGUUCUUGCGGCGUUUUCUACGCCAACAGUGUCGCAUUCACAAUACCGAGAAUCACUUUGAUACGGACAUUGACUUUCAAUCGCUGCCGGUGCGCAAACGUUUGCAAAUACUACAUGAUUUAUGUCAUUUUCGGCUCGAUUCCUGUGAUGUACAAGUCAUACUGAGCAAUUUGGAAGCGGAUAGUUUGCGUGUCGAGCCGCUGGGUUACGACUCGAAAAAUUCUGGCUAUUGGUAUUUCUAUGGCACGCGACUAUAUCGAGAAGACAAGCCAACAUCGUCAGUAAGUGGUCAAAGUGCUGGUUCUGGUGGUAGUAGUGGUGGAGGUGGUAAUAAAUCGUCGGCUACAGCAGGUAACGGCGAAGUUGGCGAAUAUGCUGAUGGUGCUGUAUGGCAAGUGAUUUGUUUUACCGAAGAGGAUUGGCAGAAUUUGGCUAGCAAGUUUAAAUCUUCAACGAAUGCUAAAGAACGUGAAUUGUAUCAGAUAUUGGACGAAAAUUUUCUACCCAAGUUACCACAACUUUUCCGCGAGCGUGAGCGACUGCGACGAAGAAAACUGCUUCAAGUACGAAAUUCUACACGACUACGUAACAUCGUCGAGCUAAAAGCGCGCCAAGAGCAGGAAAGAUUACUACGCGAACGUCAACGUUAUCAAUUUGAGCCGCCAACCAAUCUGAAAGCUCAGCAAUUGUCCGUACAGAGCAGAGCAAGAAGACGCUCCCAAUCCACUUCGACAGCGAGCGGCAUCUCAACCUACGCCAGCUCUUUGCGACGCACAACCACCACAAAUUCCAGUGAAUUUCUCUGCCAUCGUGAGACGUUUUGUCUAACACCUGAAGGCGAAGACGAAGAAGCUGAUAACGACAACGAGCACGAAACUGAACAUCAGGCAGAAUAUUACAAGAGAGCACAACAACAGCACGCAGAGAGCCCUUGUGCAUCAGUCAAUUGCAUAUCAGGUGGUAUAGACAUACCUCUAGUUCUGGCAGAGCAAGGUGCGUUCAGCCAUCAGCAAACGUUACCGAUACAGCAGGAGUUGCUAUUGCAAAAUAUCAAAGUUGAGCCGCAAGAUCAGUUGGGCGAUGAGGGCGAAUAUGAUGUAAAUCACAACGGCCAUUCUCCCUACGACGCCACUUCAACUUUUGUCAAGCAGCUUGCGGACACGGAAAAGUACUUGCCAUUGCGCAACGACCGAUCUGAGUCGCAGCAAUUGCAGCAACAGGUGCAGCAGCGACCGUUAGACAACACUGGUUGCGUCUCACUGGUGAAACCACCGCCUGUGAAGGCCAAAAAGUCACAUCACAAGAAGAAGAAGUCACAAAAGAAGCAAAAGAAGAAAUCGCGCGAACAUCGGCGUCGUCAUAAGCAUGCCAAUAGUGUCAGUGGCAACGAUAGCAUCAGCAUUUCGGCCUCCAACACAAAUCUCCCAGCAACAGCAACAGCAACACGAAAAGAAAGAACAAUACCACCAAAUCAGGGUGGCAGCAGUAGCAGUAAUAGUAGCAGCAAUAGCAAUAGUCAAAGUAGCAAUAGCAAUAACAACAACAAAACAACCAAAACACGCAGCAGCCACAAUAAUAAAAAUCAUCAAGGCAGUCGGACGCAGGCGCCAAGUCACAGUCACAGCCAUCAGCAUACCAAUAACCACGCGCUGACGCAUACAUCUUCGUUGAGCCCCGAGGACAAGGAGAAUUUUUGCCGCCAAUUCAGCGGCGACGCAACGACAGCCAGCGAACUGCAUGAAUUGUCUAGCGCAGGUAUUGUUGUCGAGGCAUUAAGCGAUACCGCGGUCGCAGUGGGCACUGGCGGCGCGCAGCACGUCGCUACCGUCAUAAAAAAGGAGGCGGUCGUGGGCAUUACACUUGAUAUGGCACCUACUACCAAUAUGAAGUUGCCCGGCAGACAAACCAACAAUUCGCUCUCGUCGCUGACGGGAAACAUAUUUAUACCGCCCGCAUUGCGUGAAGAUACAACGGCAACGACCACAACUUUGGAACGCGCCGAUAAUAAAGUGAAGUCAUCGACGGCAGCGAGUAGUGCGGGGCAUAGGAAACAUCAUAAACAUAGCACGUCGGCAUCGGGGUCUACCGCUUCCUCGGAUUCUAGUGCCACCACGGAUAAGAGUCGCGGAAGUGGACAUAAAAAGAAAAUUGCUGCAGCAACAGCAGCAGCAUCAGCGUCGGCGGCGGCAGCGGCAGUGGCAGCUGUGUCUACUACAGCCGCUGUGUCUUCGAAGUCAUCAUCACAACACUCGGAUAAGAGCGCAGAUGAAAAUGUAUUUAGUAAAAAUCGCACCAUCACCUCAAACACCACCAAAAACACCACAACCUCAACAACCACCAAAACCACUUCAAAUCAUAACGCCUCGACUGUGUUUAGAAAUGCGUCGCAUGGUGCUGAAGCAGCCGUAGCCACAACAACAGCAACAGCAGCAAAAACGUUUUUGUCAUCGUCGUCGUCGUCAUGCGCCAGUACAACGGCGACAGCUGUGACUAAAUGCUAUUUAAAACAUGCUAACAAUCAAAAUCAAAAUCAAAAUCAAAAUUCUCACAAACCAACUAACCAAAAUCAUAUCUCCCUCCAUUCCAAUAAUUGUUCCAAUUCAUCUGUUAAUUACCAUCAUCAUAAUCACCAUUACCACAACAACCACCACCAUCAUCACCAACAACAUACGCACCCAAUGCACGUCUCCCAAUUUUCCAUGCAUUCCUAUGCCACCAAUCAAUUGAUACCGACAUCGUUGAACGCCUUUAAUUAUGCUUCCAAAAAUUCCACGAAUACGAAUUUUCUCAGUUUCACCGAAACGGAAGAAGUGCUGCAAAUCGGCAUGCACAAAGUACUCGUCUAUGUGAAGAACCAUCGUGAUGCCUGGCCAUUUAUGGAUCCCGUUGAGGAGGAUAUAGCGCCACGAUAUUACUCCAUUAUACGCAGACCAAUGGAUCUGCUGAAGAUGGAAGAUAAGCUAGACAACGGUGAAUACAAUAAAUUUAGUGACUUUCGCAAUGAUUUUAAAUUGAUUGUGAAUAACUGUCGUCUUUACAAUGGUCAUAACAAUGAAUACACCGAAAUGGUGAACAAUUUGCAAGAAGCCUUCGAUAAGGCUACUAAAAAAUACUUUGACAACUUAUCAGACGAAGAUGAGGAUGACCCGAAUUUGGGCUACCCGGCAGCUGAUUCAAAGAUGAAUGUCUUCCGUGAGAAAUAUUUCAAUAAGAAGUCUUCGAAGGACGCGAGUAGCGAUAGUCAAAGUGUAGUUACAGAUGCGGAGAAAAAUACUGUAGACAAAGCAACAGAUAAGAAGAAAAGCGGCAAGAAGCAUUCACAUGAAUCGGUUAACCCGCUGAGUAAAGAAAAACACCCUGAUAGUGCUGAGGAAGAUAUGGAGGAUGUGGUAGGUGGCGAUGUGGAGCAGCGUGGUACAAAACGUAAACGCAAAGAGAAGGACAAAAGACGCAAGAAAAAAUCAAGAAGUAAAAUGGCUGUGGUAGAGAAACAUACAGACGAUGAAGACGAUUUAGAAGAGCAAGAAAAUAAAGCUGAUGAAGAAACGCUUGAGGAACUAGAGCAAGAAAAGAACAUAAAGAAGAGUAAAUGUAAACAAACGAAAGAAAUCUCGAAAAAGGCCAAGAAGAGUAAGGGCGAUAAAUCUUCAAAAUCCUCAAAUAAGUCUUCGAAAGGCAAAUUCGAAAGUGGCAAAACAAAGAAACAAAACAAGAAAUGCAAUAAACCAAAAACGUUUAACUCCGAUGAAUCGGCAUUGUCUGAUGAUGAAGAGCGAGAGCCGGAACUGGAUGCGAAACCAGAGCCUGACGAGGAACAGGAGUCGGAGUUGGAGCCUGAGGCGGAAACCGAUGACGACGGCGAUGACGGCGAUGUGAGUUUUGAACACCCUGCAUCAAAAAAGAGCAGAAACAAGCUAAGUAAAGACAACAAAUCACACUCAAAAUCCACCACGACCGCAACGCAAAGGAAGAAAAAUGCAUCCACAAAAUCAAAUAAACAGCUUACCAACGCCAAAAAUCAAAAGUGUAAAAGCAGGAGUAGCAAAUCGAAGCAAAAGUCUAAGAUGGCUCAAGAUGAAAGCGACUGCGAUAGUGAAAGCGAAACGGAAAAACAGGUAAAGAAGAAGAAAUCGAAUUUGAAUAAGGACAUGCCACCACCAGCCGUAGAUGCACUUGCCGCUUCAGCCUCUGAGCUGGAGGAGGAAGUAAUCGACGACGACGAUGAUUCACGUUCGCGCAGCAUGUCUCCAUUUAAGGUGGAUCUGCAUAAAAAAUACUCCAAAAGUGCACUUAACGAUGAUCUCUGUGACUUACUGACAUCAGUGAAGAAAACAUCCGGCGGCGGCUUGACAACAAACUCUAAUCAAAAACGUGCAGCAGUUAGUGAUGACGACGAUGAUGAUUUUAAGUCCUUAUCUAGCCGUAGCUCAUCGCCGUUACGUGGUUCUAGUGAAGAGCGCAAAACAAAGCGUACAACCAAAAAAAAUGUGCGCGGCACAAAAAAAGCCGAGCCGCAAACUAAGAAGAUUUCUGCUGCGACUGGAACAACUUCUUGUAAAAAGAAUGCCGAAAGCGAAGCUGCGGCAGCGGCAGCUGCAGAGGCAGCAAAGCAAGCCGAAUUAGAGAUGCUCUUACCUUUCUUGGAUAAAUACGAACUGAUCAAAUAUCGGCGUAGUCGCACGAACAACUUGCAGCAGAGUGCAGCACUCAAUACAGUUGAAGAAAGCCAAAAAAGUAACAGAAGUCGUUCGAGAGAAACCGCUACCAAGAAAAAGGAUGCCACCAAAGCUGAAAAGGAUAAGUCGACUGAAAAAUCGAAUGGAGAAAGCACGAAAAUACGAAAGGCAAGCAAAAAACCCAAGAAGGAUGUGCGCGUCAAAGAAGCUUCUGACACCGAAGAAGAUAAAACGCUUCCUAAGGAGGAAACAACUACAAAAUCAUUGAAAGAAGACGAGAAGCCAUCAGUUAAAACAGAGUUGGCAGAGGAUGUGUGCAAAGAUAGCCAAGCCACAACUAAUAUAGGCGCUAACAAGAUUGGCAAAAAUGUUGAAAAGAAAAUUGCCACAUCGCCUGAAAAGCCAACUUCCAAGAGAAAAGAAAAACCUAAACCCGAGCCCACUCCUGCCGCCGUACAAGUGGAAGAUUUGCCAAAGAAGCCGACUGAGAAGCCUGCAGCUCCAGUGCCACCGAAAAAAGCAUUGCAAAAGAAGGCUGCCGCUAGCGCUGCUGCGAUUAAAAAGGCUAACAACAAACCUGCCGCCGCAAAUAUUGCUUCGAGCAAGACUUGUUCGACCAACAUUGAGGCACUGGACGUAGAAACUGAGCAAACUCUCAAAGAUAUCAAUCGUUGGUUAGAACAUACACCACGUUUUUCGGAGUUUAGCUCGGCAAGCAAUUCUCCAUCACGUUACAAUCUAGAUGAGUUCGAUCCGGCCAUCCCUGCUAAACUGGAGUCGGCCGAUUUCAGGCGCCCAGUACCGAUCGCGCCACCGAAAAUUGAUUUGGUGCCCACAAAAUUAGCGGAAGUUUUGGUUGAUUUAGUUUCUGAUGGGGAUGCAGUAGUGUCCAGUGGCCUUAAGAAAGAAGUAGUAUCAGAUUUAAUUACAAGCGGCACAUCAGCCAGCACCGUAGGGGGCACAGCUAGUAGUGUUAGCUCCAGUUGUGGCACACCACCACACUCGAUAGCAUCUGCCAACUCAGUUGGUAGUACAUCGGCGAAUGCGUCGUCUAAUAAUUCAAUAGUCAAUGCGCCGUCGAUAUCAUCGAUUGCUUCGGCAUCAGCGGCAAAUCAACCAACUUUGCUCAUACCACCUCCACCAGCCACUGUUACCUCUGCCUUGAGCUCCCUGGCGCCACCAAAACCCAAAGAGCCUAGCACCACUCAAUUGUUGCUGCAUCCACCACCGCCGCCACAUAUUAAAAAUCAGCUGGCAAAGGAGGCCAAACGCAAGUCCCUGAAGGAAAAGUUACAAGCGGCUACAAAUCCACGGCGCAAAGAUUUGCUCCGCACAAUAGAACGCUUGCAACCAGGCAAAGCUAAAGGAAAUCUCAUACAAAAUAUAAAUAAACCUGAUGAGCUCUUUCCCCUUGGCCCCGUUGCGGCUAAAUCGAAGGAAGUAAAAAAUGCACUCAUUGUUGACACUGGCGAUAAUGCGCCUAAGCUAAGUUUGGGUACCGUUAUAAAAACUGAUGAUUUUGCCUUAGGGCAAUCGCAUAAUUUCAUGGAUGAGUUAACCAGUAAAACCGAAACGAAGUCAGUAAAUAGCACUGAAAUGGAGGGGGAGGAGAAGGUUGGCAAAACUACAUCUAUGGAAAUAAUUUCGGCCUUCACAACAAAAGUGCCGCCCUCAUCGGCUAGCGCACUAGCUGCACCGGAAACGGAGUCUGAAAAGAAAGCUGCUGAAGUGCCUGCAAAUGACUAUUCGAAAACCUUUGAAAAACUGUUGGAUAAUAAAAACGCCACGAAAACAGAAUCUGGAAGCGCUGCGGCGUCAAAGGAAAAGCCGAAUUUGAGUGCUUGGUUCAAGGCGUUUGGUGCACCGAAAAAAGCCAAGAAAUCGGAAGAAGAAGAAAAACAACAACUGCAACUGACAGAAGCGAAUGAAACGGCAUCUAGUGCUGGUCAGGGGUCGAGUUCGACGAAAUCCAACGACGGUGUUGCGACGCCCUCGAUAUCUUCUACUGGCGCCACCAUUGCCAGCAGAUCGCCUACUUCGGCAUCAAUGACUGGUGGUGUGGACUUUUCAUUGCCCUCAGCACCGCGCCAACGUAAAGCAAGCACUGGUAGUACCAUAUCCGAGCGCUCCUCCUUUAGCCAAGAUCCCGACUCGCCUCGUAUAGCUAUAGAUGAACGGUAUGGUUCGUAUGCGGGCGCGAAUUACACUUCGCCCAUAGGCGCUUCCCCGAUGGGCGCAUCACCAAUAAUGGUUUCGCCAAAACCAGAUGAAAUUAGUAAGCCUACCUCACCCUACCCACUGAAUGGCGCAAUAAAAGUGGGCUUCUAUCAAGACACUACUACUAAAAGUAGCCCGGAUAAGAGUUGCAGUCCUCGCGAAAUGCCAUCUCCAUACCCACAAUACUCACAACACAUUUACUCAUCUGCUUCAUCACCAAAUGUUUCAACGCCUGAAUUAAGUGGCACAUCACCUUACGGUGGCGCAAACAGUUAUAACCCUUCUGGUUCGGAGGCUUCAAAAACGCCGGUUUAUUCAUCCACCUCACCACUGCCGAAUCUCUACGAUCAAUAUAAGCAGCCUCGUUCGCAAGAAUCCGAUUACAACUCGUCAAUGAGUCCAAGCACUCCCAACCCAAAUUCACCAUAUCAGCAGCCACAAAGCUCACCAUACACCACACAGUCGCAUCAAUCACCAUACCACCACCCCAAUUCACCAUACCAUCAGCAGCAGCAUUCACCAUUCCACCAGCAAUCGCACAGCAGCCCAGCACACACACCACCAACAGCUACAACAGCAUUACCAGCUGGCGCUACGUCGGUGCAUUCGCCGUUGCAUCAGCCGCAACAUAGCCCUAUGCCGAGUAGUGUAGACUCGCCAGCAUCUUCUGCCGCAACACAACCGCCAACUCCAUUGGCGCACUCACCAACCGAUCAACCACAUUCGCCGUACCAACAGCCAAUGAAUUCGCCUUAUCAGUCGCAAGCACAGCAGCCUCAAACGCAACCACCUCAAACGCAGCAGCAGCAAAAUGCUAACGCGCUUUCACCCUACAGUCAAAGCAGCAUGAGUCCUUCGCCAUAUCAGGUGCCGGUGGGGACACCAGAGGCUGUAACUUUCAACCAGCUGACACAAAAUGCAGAUGCUGCAACGGUGGCGCCAGGUGCUGCUGCAACAGCGCCAUCACAGGCAGACCAAGCAUACGGACAGAAUGUGACAAAUAGCAACAACAAUGCCAGCGCAGUUGGGGGCGUUGGCUCUAAUGGUGGUGGUGGAAAUGCUGCCGCAGUGGAAGUGCCAGCAUACGUCCCAACGUCACAGGAUCUUUACAAUGCGAAUUCAAUGGUGGCAACGCAGUCACAGGCGCAGACAGUCGUACAACAGCAGCAGCAACAACAACAACCACAAACACAACAGCAGAUGCAACAAAAACAGCCGCAACAGCAGGCAGAUAAUCUGCGAGUUAUCUAUGGUUCUGCGCUUAGUUCUUCGGCGGCUUCUAUUUUAGAUGGUACGAAACAUAUUGAUUGGAACGUGACGGGACCUCAGCAGCUGCAGAGUCAAAUGCAGCAGCAGCAACAACAGCCGCAACAGCAGCAAUCACUUCAACAUCAGCUUAUUCAACAGCAACAACAGAAACAACAAAAUGUUCAGCAGCAGUUGCAGCAACAACAACAACAAAAGCCGCAAUACCCGACUUACGCUCAAUAUCAAUCGAAGGCCGCAGCAGCUGCGGCGGCUGCAGCCGCAUCCACAAACAAAGAAAUUUCCGGGGCAGACAAAACAGACAGCGUAAAGAGACAAAGCGCCACUUCGAGCUACAGUGAUAACUCUGCCAACGAUAUGGUAGCUUUUAUGCAACAUUUGCAUCAGCAGGCUCAGGCACAUAAAAACUCCAUGGCCGCCAUACCUGCGACAGUAGCCUCAAGUUCGGCUACCUCGACCACGGCAAGCACAGCGACUGUGAAUGCAAACGCCGCCAACACGCUUAAGCGUACCGCAGAAGAUAUGCUAGGCAUGGACUACAGUGGGACGGGUAGUGGCAGCACAGCGAACAAACUGCAAAAGUGUGAAAAUAACGCUAACAUGCAGCAGCAAACGUCGCAGCUAUCCACACAGAGCAGUAAGCAGCAGCAAAUGUUCGACAGCUUUUUGGGUGCGAUGCCGUUUGGCAAGCAUUUGGGCAGUAUUACGCCGGACAAAGCCUUCGAAAUGUAUAAUCGUGCUGCAUCGAUGGGAUUUCCUAAGGACUAUGCGAAGGAUAACAGCUGUCAAAUGCAACAACAACAGCAGCAGCAGCCACAAUCAAAUUCUGCAGUCAGCCAACAGCAACAGCAGUUGCAGCAGCAAAAGCAAGCGCAGCAUUUACAGCAACCGCACCAGCUACAGCAUGGCCAGCAGCACGGCCAGCACCACCAACAGUUGCAGCAAAGCCAACAUACGCACCAGCAGCAGCAAACACAACACUUAUCCAAGUCCAGCAUGGAUGGCAUCACAACGAGUUUACUAAGUAAACCGCUGAAUUUUGGCGUUAAUAGUUUGCAGCAGCAGCAGACACAACAGCAACAACAACAACAGCAGCAACAACAGCAGCAACAGCAGCAGCAGCAACAGCAGCAGCAACAACAACAGCAGCAGCAUCAACUAAGCCAUUCCCAACAUAUAAAUCAAAACUAUUCAACUCAGUCGCAACAGCCGCAGCAGCGGCAGCAAUCGCAAUCGCAAGCGCAACAACAAAAUGCCCAACAGCAGCAAUUGCCUGCUAAAUCUACUGCAACUGCAAGCACAGCUUCUCCCUCAGCAGCGACGCUGGACGCCAGCAACAUGCUGAAUAUGUCUAGCCACCACCUGACGCACCAUCUUUCGGCCUACAAUAAGCCUACACCACCACCACCACCAGCGCAGACAUACAGCAACCCGGCUGCCUCGUUGCUGCACCCCUUGGCCGAGAGCUUAUUUGGUUUAUCUUCUGCAAGUGCCGGAUUUUACGACAAGAAUAUGCCUCCAGCGGCGCAUAUGUACAACGCAGCGGGAGCGGCGAAAAAUCUCACAACAUCUCAGCUGUACUCAAAUCCUGCGUCCAUCGCUGCAAUGAGCGCAGGCGCUGGUAUGUACGGCAACUCACAGCAACUGACGUCCGCGGCGCUGGCGAGCAGUACGUAUGGUGUCACGAACGCCAACCCUAGUUGCAGCAACAAUGCCGUUAACCAGCAACAGCAGAAUGUAGCGGCCACAGCAACGGAGGUAGCAAAAGCAGUGGCGCCUGUUCCACAGGCUCCUGCCAAGCGUGGACGCAAAAAAAAGGCAACAACAAUUGCGGCUGAAGCCGCGGCCGCAGCUGCAGCGGCUGCCAAAUUGCAGCAACAGCAGCAACAACAACAACAGCAGCAGCACCAACAGUUGCAACGCCAGCAGCAGCAGCAACAACAGCAACAGUUGCAACAACAACAGCAUCAACCACAACAGCAGCAACAACAGUUGUCGCAAAAUCAUCUGCAUGCGUCACAGUAUAAUACGGCGGCAGCGCAUAUCUCGCAACUUGCAAGCGCAGCCUCAUCAGCAACAGCUCAGCCCGCACACCAAAGUUCAAGCGCGGUGCCCGCCCAUUUGCAGGCACACGCGCAGGCAUUGCAACAAGGUUUCCAACUGUACGCUGGCUUAAAGACCGGCGGAGUUGGGUCGCCACUCUCGGCCGCAUCUAGCAGUAGUUCGGCGGUAGUUGCGGCGGCCGCGGUAGCAGCCGCUACAAAUGUUGGUGCACACAGCGCAGCUUCGGCCACAACAGCAUCCAAUGUAUCCGCUGCGAGUGGCGUCGACGUAGCCACUGCGAUUUCGCUGAAAACGUCCGCGUCUGAAACCACUGGUAUGGUGCCGGGAAGCGCAUUCAAUUUCGGACCCACACCUGGCAGCCUUGGCCUGUACGGGGAUCAAGCGGCAGCAGCUGCAGCCAGCAGUUAUCUAGAUCAAUUCAGAGAUGCCUCAAAUCCGUAUUACAUGUCACCGGCUCCGGCUCCAGCACACCGCAACUCGACAAGCGAUGCCAGUGCAGCGGAAAAAGCGCAAGCAGCGCUAAACCCAGGUGCGACGGCGGCUGCUAGCGCAUACCCCUUCUUGGCGGCACAUACAACACCGCGCGCCUCUCCAUAUCCGUUUAUGCACAAUACUGGGGCCUCACAGUUGGCUGAUCCAAAUUCACAAUUAUAUUCAUCAUAUUUAAGGCGCGAGGACUUCCUCAUGUUCAACCAAGGGCUAUUGGGACGUGGCGCAAGUGCAGCGGGCUAUGGACAGCCACCGCCACCGACCGCCUAUCGGCCAUCGUCAUUAGGCAUGCCAAAGCCAUAUGACAUCAAUCGAUCGUGGUUUUAGCAGUGCGCCAAUAACGCCGCCCAAGACGAAAUAGACGGGCAGACAGCAGUGUCGGCGACUACGAUGGCAGGCGGUGAUGGCGAAGGCAGCAGUAGCGACGUGUUGGGCGGGCCACAACAACAACAACAACUCCAACAUCAGCAGCUUCAACAACAGCAGCAGCAGCAGCAACAGCGGCAGCUAUAACCGGGUCAGUUGUGAAGGGUGUUGAUUUUGGGCACCUGUGGCGUAUUAAGGCUGCUUUUCAUACUUGCAAGCCUCGAAUGCAAUUCAUUUGCGUGCCACCCAAUACUAUUCAUACAGGCACGUGAGCAUGUGCAAAGCUCCUGCACGGCUAAAAUCACAAUUCUCAUUAUUCUUUGUUCAGCUUUAGUAGAUUUACUACAAAAAAAAAAGAAGAAAAUGUGGUUUAAGUAAAGAAAAAGAAUUAAUGUGAAUGUUAGCGUAUUUAAUGAGCAGGUUUUUUAAAACAUAUGUAUUUAUAUUUAUGUCUAACAUAUUUCAAUUAGAUUAAAUUGAAUAAAAUGCUAAGCUAAUUAUGAGAAGCAAAAAUUUCGACUAGAUUAGAUGUUUACAAUUAAGCACAAACUGUAUCUAUGCUAAGUUCAAUGUUGAUGGCAAGUCCACAACAAAAAUAUUGUUAAAUUUUGGCUAAUUUGGGAAGUUGAUAAGUUGCUGAAAUAUUGUGUAGUUAAGUUUAUUAUUAUGUAAAAUGUUGCUUAUGUAUAUUUAAAGUGAAUAGAAAUACGUUUCAAGCUAUGUGCUGGCUUUUGACGUGAAUGUGCAUUAGAGCAGUUACGAUUAAAAAUUAUAUUAAUUAUUGUAAUAAUUACAAGUCUUAAAGAUCACGAUACACAGUAAACUAAUUGGUUUGAAAAUAUAUCGGUAAGCAUAUUAUUUGUAUAUAAAUAUACAGUGUAAAUGUAUAUACUCAUACACACAUACAUAAUAUAAUUUAAAAGUAAGUACAAUUAUGCGCAUAUAUAAAGCUAUCACGAGAUUAAGGAGAAGAAAACAAAAUCUCACUACAUUUUAUGAUUCUUUCAUUAUAGGCUAGUUUCCACCCUUCAUAGUUUGUAAAGCUUAGUAGUCAGGAGCUUUGAAAUAAAUGUAAUACCUUGUUUCACACAUCAAUAGAA